UUCCCCUCUCCCCCUCCCACCCUGGAUCAUCUUCACAAACACCUUACACUCCUCCCAGCCUCCUUCUCCACGCUGAUCCCCUUUUGCCUCGACAGCCACGAGCCUCCCACAUGUGCACUAUCCCUAGCCGCAGCAUCACGAUCCUUCACACCUAACAUCUAUCCCUCAACAUGGGUCUCCUGCCUAUCCUUUAACCCCCCAAUCCCCCUCUUCCUCAUCCCCUGCCCCAUGGGUGUGUGAGGGGCGCUGGCUGGCGGGCGAGUCAGUAGUCGCCCGGACGUCGUAGAGGUAACGUCUCGUUCGUGUCUCUGUGACCCCGGGGUGUCGACCAGUGAUCCUCUUAAGUGACUUGUGUACUUCUGUGUCGUGGCAGAGAAAAAAAAAAUAAGAAAAAACUUAAAUGAACCUGAAUUUAUAUAUAUAUAUUUUCGUGUGAACUGGGUACUUUACGGUUGUGUUGAUGGAAUAUUUCAACAAGAUGGACGGUGGUGGGGGGUUCGUGAGGGCUGGCCUGCUGGGGCUGACGCAGGGGGUGUCCCUACACGACCCAUUACGUCUACACCACGCCCUACACACGCAGGCGAGUGAGAGCGUCAAGGAUGGCAGCAGUGCUACGUCCCUACUGCGUCCCCUCACUGACUACCCUCACCUGCCCCUCCUUCCCUUCACCGCCCCUCCCUUCCUCCACCCACACCUUGACCCCCGGCUCCCCUUCUCACCCUCCGCCUUCCACCCGCUCCAUUCCCACGCCCACGAAGCCCACGCCCGCGCCCACGACGCCCACAACAAGCUGCCCCCGCCGCCCACGGCCAGCCUUUCCGGGUCAGCCUUCUCCCCGCUGCCGGCCAAGACUGCCAAGAUGGAGGACGGAGGUUGUUCCAGCUCCGCCAUCCCCUGCUCUUCCUCUGGACUCUUCUCCCCCGCCCUCCUGGCCUCCCUCGAUCCCCGCACCGCCUUCCUGACGGGUGGCGGGGGCGGGGGCGGUGGCGGGGGCGGCAGCAUGGGGGUGUUGGAGGAGAGGCGGGACUCGCCGUCUCCCCGCGGAUCACACGGGUCACGGGAGUCCCCAGGUCACGCCCGGGACACCGACACUCCUAACUCCAACAGUGACGAACCCAAAGUGUGCCUUCAAGACUGGAUACUGUUCAACGCUGUGCAGCUUCUUGGUAACGGACGUAAGCCUCGCCCUGGGGAGUCCUGGUGCCCGGUGUGUGGAGUGACGCUACGUACUGGGGAAGUGGAUGCCCAUCUCACCCACGAGCUGGACAAGCUCAUCCGCCUUCCUCAGACCCGCCCACUCUCCCAGCGCACGCCCACACCCACCACCUCCACGCCCAUCACCAGCAGCAGCACCACUUCCGUCACCAGCGUCGCCGCCUCCGUCAGCUCGCCCCUCAGCCCACACCCAGGGCACGCCCGCGCCCGCGACCCCGGCUGGGAUAAAAGUCGUCGAUUACAGCAACCAGAUACCAAGAGUGCCAAAAGGCCGCAGUACCAAAAUGCCAGUCUCUCUAAAGGCUCAGAACCCAAAGACCCCAGUAUUUACAGCUAA